AUGGCAAAGAAUCCUCCAGAGAACUGUGAGGACUGUCACAUUUUAAAUGCAGAAGCUUUUAAAUCCAAGAAGAUAUGUAAAUCACUUAAGAUUUGUGGAUUGGUAUUUGGUAUACUCGCCCUAACGCUAAUUGUCCUAUUUUGGGGGGGCAAGCACUUCUGGCCUGAGACACCCAAAAAAACAUACGACAUGGAACACACUUUCUACAGCAAUGGAGAGAAGAAGAAGAUUUACAUGGAAAUUGAUCCUGUGACCAGAACCGAAAUAUUCAGAAGUGGAAAUGGCACUGAUGAAACAUUGGAAGUACAUGACUUUAAAAAUGGAUACACUGGCAUUUACUUUGUAGGUCUUCAAAAAUGCUUCAUCAAAACUCAGAUUAAAGUGAUUCCUGAAUUUUCUGAACCAGAGGAAGAAAUAGAUGAGAAUGAAGAAAUUACCACAACUUUCUUUGAACAGUCAGUGAUUUGGGUCCCAGCAGAAAAGCCUAUUGAAAACCGAGACUUUCUUAAAAAUUCCAAAAUUCUGGAGAUUUGUGAUAAUGUGACCAUGUAUUGGAUCAAUCCCACUCUAAUAGCAGUUUCAGAGUUACAAGACUUUGAGGAGGAUGGUGAAGACCUUCACUUUCCUACCAAUGAAAAAAAGGGCAUUGAACAAAACGAGCAGUGGGUGGUCCCUCAAGUGAAGGUGGAGAAGACCCGUCAUGCCAGACAAGCAAGUGAGGAAGAACUCCCAAUCAAUGACUAUACUGAAAAUGGAAUAGAAUUCGACCCCAUGUUGGAUGAGAGAGGCUAUUGUUGUAUCUACUGCCGUCGAGGCAACCGCUACUGCCGCCGUGUCUGUGAACCUUUACUAGGUUACUACCCUUAUCCAUACUGCUACCAAGGAGGGCGGGUUAUCUGUCGUGUCAUCAUGCCUUGCAACUGGUGGGUGGCCCGCAUGCUGGGGAGGGUUUAA